CCCCAUCCUUCGGUCCCCAGACGCGUCCUUUCGUUCAUCCUCCGGGGCUCAAGUCCGCUGCGGGGGGGAGCAACCGCCAUUUUAAUCGAGUAAAACACGUUUUCGGUGACAGCAGCAGCAGCAGGAGGAGGAGCAGCACAACAAUGGCUCUGAAGAGAAUUCACAAGGAGUUAAAUGACUUGGCACGUGAUCCUCCAGCACAGUGUUCAGCAGGACCUGUUGGCGAUGACAUGUUCCAUUGGCAGGCCACAAUAAUGGGACCAAAUGACAGUCCUUACCAGGGUGGUGUGUUCUUCUUGACAAUUCAUUUCCCAACAGAUUACCCAUUCAAACCACCAAAGGUUGCAUUUACAACAAGAAUCUACCACCCAAACAUCAACAGCAAUGGCAGCAUCUGCCUCGAUAUCCUACGAUCACAGUGGUCGCCAGCGCUAACUAUUUCAAAAGUUCUCCUGUCGAUCUGUUCACUGUUAUGUGAUCCCAAUCCAGAUGAUCCCUUAGUGCCAGAGAUUGCACGCAUCUACAAAACAGACAGGGAAAAGUACAACAGAAUAGCUCGGGAAUGGACACAAAAGUAUGCAAUGUAGUUCCGGAGGAUUGUGGACACACCUCUACGUGUAUGGCUAGGGGAGCUUUGGAAGAAAAAAUCUUGGUUUCCAUUUGACUGCUUUCUAUAAGCCCAUGCCUCAUCUUCCCCUGUGCACAUGUUUACCUGACCCAGCAGUGCUGCGUUGUGUUGUACAUAUUUGAAACAGCGAUCUUAGAAAUACUGUGCUCCCUGUAUCUUGCUAUUUUUCAAAAAUGACAUUUUUAACACGAAAACGUGUUAAGGGCCAGUUGUUCAAUCAUAACGUUUAUGAAUCUAAAAGCGUUCCUUGCCGUUUUAAACUGGGUUAGUCUGAAAAUUUGAGGGGUUUUUGUUUCCCUGUGCUUCCAGGCAAUAUUUACAGUAGUAAUCAGUUAGUGGGGGCAAAUGUAUUUUUGUAUAAAUUUCUUAGGAAUUCUUUUAAACUCAUAAGAGGUUAUGAAUAGAAGAAUAAGGUCUUUGGCUUGUUUUUGUACUACUGGUAAAUUCUGAAGGACUUUUUUUCAUUGUUUUUGCAUUGUCAUGACCAAGAACCAUACCCACAUCCAUUACAAACUAGAAUUUUGGACCAGUUAUAUAAACAAGUUAUUAGUUUAAGUAUUUUCCCUAAACCCUUUAAUUUGCAUUUGGCUUUUGUUUAAUAAGAAGCUAAUGGCUCCAGUUACUCAUAAUGGCUACAUUUCUGGAUGUAAAGGGUAUGAAUUCCUAUACAAAAAUACAACUUCUGUAUAUUUAAUUACCUGAAAGCUCUUUGAGCUUGUGUGUUUAAUUAUGAUUAAACUGUGUAAUAAAACUGAUUACUAAAGUC